GAAGCAGGCUCGCUUGGUCUACCCUAGCCUUACCCCAGAUUUUAUUUAUCCAUAGAAAAGAAUCUACUGGGUCAAGGGCAUUAUUUAAAAUCUGUGUUUCUUCUUCAUUUCCCUCUAGAAAUGGCGCACCAAUUCACAAACUGAGCAGCGGCAUGGUGUGAGGGCUCCGUGUGGCUCAGCCCAGGCCUGAAUGGCUUAUCACUCCUGAUCAUUUUAACGCGUCACGGCUUAAAAGGGGACUCAGGAUCCUGGCAUUCCCGGCACACUAACUAGGUCACCUUCGGCUGCAGGCCCGGUUGCCCCUGCUCGCCUCUCGAUGGGAAGCCUCUGCAGGGUCCCGGAGCGCGCCCGGCAGCCCCAGCCCCACGUCCCUGGCGGCUGGCCCAGCCCCGUUGCCCGGGGAACCGCAGCACGCCGCUGCGCUCGCCGAUUAGCCGGUGUGUGAGUGGCGAGGCCGGGCAGCCCAGGCAUGGAGCUGCCGGACCCCGUUCGUCAGCGCCUGGGCAACUUCAGCCUCACGGUGUUCGGCGACUCCAGCCGCACCGGGCCCGAGUCCAGCGAGGCCGCGGAUAAUGAGAUGGUCUCCAGCUUGCCGUUACAGAUGUCCCUGUACUUCAACUGGUACUUUUUCCCGCUCUGGUGGGUGAGCUGCAUUGUGAUGCUUCACCUGAAGUACUCGGUCUUGCCCGAUUACUACAAAUUCAUUGUGAUCACUGUCAUCGUCCUCAUAACCUUGAUGGAAGCGAUCCGGCUGUACCUGGGCUGCAUGGGGAACCUGCAGGAGAAGGUUCCUGAGUUGGCUGGCUUCUGGCUUUUGAGCCUCCUCCUACAGUUGCCGUUAAUCCUUUUCUUGCUCCUUAAUGAAGGCCUGAGGAACCUGCCCUUGGAAAGAGCAGUACAUAUCAUCUUCACUGUCUUCCUUACUUUCCAAGUCAUCUCAGCGUUUCUGACCCUGAAGAAAAUGGUCAAUCAGCUGGCGGCCCGUUUCCACCUCCAGGACUUUGAUCGGCUGUCUGCAAACAGUGCAGUGGUGAGGAGGAGGAGGCCGUGUCCAGAAGAGCUCUGACCCAGCGCUGAAGAGGUGACGUCUGCAGAUAAGGCAGGAAGACUGAGAGAGUGACAGGACACCUGAGACCAGGCUGGGAAAGGGCACGAGUGACCUGGGUUGUUGUGUCCUCCAGCUCUGAAAUUCCAUGGAGGCGAUACGAAGACGCACUAUGGUACAUGAAAGCAGUGUGUUAACCAUGGAGCUGAGGGGAGUCCAGCAGACACUAAAUUUCUUGUUUCUGAUGUUGACUUUUCAGGGGUCUAUUGGUAGUUGUAAUCUACCACCCUUUCCUUAAUGUUUCUAGCUGUCAUCUGUAGCUGGAAAUGAAUGGAAUCUCAGGAAAAUCCAGUUUUGGCAUUUGUCAGCACACUCCAGGACAUGGCCACACCGGGAGCAGUGGGCCAACACAAGACAAACUCUGGUGUUUCUGUGGACUUUUGGUUUCAUUUGCUUCUGUUUUGGCAGGGCCACAGGCUCUCAACACCAUGCCUGGCUUUCUGUGUGGAUUCUGGGGAUCUGAACUCAGGUCUGGCAAGCCUGGACACAGCAAGUCCCAGGCUAGCCAGAGCUACAACAGCAACACAAAUUUUAAGCUGGGUUAGUUAAUAAGGAAAAUGAUGAGAAAAAAAGGGGUAUUUUAUUAAAAAAUACUUUCGUCUAAAAAUAUUUUGUCAAAGUGUGUCAAAUGUAAAUAAUCUAUGCCAGAGUGACUGCCCUGGCACAAAACUGGAAUUUAGUUCUCUGUGAUUAAAGCAGCCAGGUGGGCAUGGUGGUGUACACCUUUAAUCCUAGCACUUGGGAGACAGAGGCAGGCCAAUCUGGCUCUAUGAGUUUGAGACCAGCCUGGUCUCCAUAAACAGCAAGUUCUUCCUCCAAAUCCCAGUCUACUCUAAGUAACAUUCAGAAGAGAUCUGCAUAAAGGGACAAGGAUUUUAUCUUAUUAACGUAGUGUCUCCUGCUGCCUGUUGAUUUUCUCAGGCAUUCAACUGCUGAGGAAAUUUAGUCCUGGUUCACUUGUGUAUCUAUUUAUGUUGAAGCUUUAUGAAAUAGCCACUUUAUAAACAAGUAUUAAGAUGAUUCCAGCACAUUUCAUAACCUAUGUAUCUAUGGCCAGAAAUAUGUCGAGGUGUGAGCCUGCACCUUAGCCCAAUGCAUGACAGGCUCAUGGGUAAAUGCCUAUGAGUGUAGCACAUGCAUGCAAAGUGGACAAUAAGUGCCGGCUUUUACACCACGUGCAUUACAUCUGGAUUUUCAGCAUUUAAAAUCUUGUUAAGAAUCUUGUGAUAUAUUUGAAAAGCAAUUGUACAUCCACAAAUGAGCGAUGAUGAUAUAUGGACCUGGUCACUAGUAUUUUUUUUUUUUAAGCUAGUACUGUAGAUCAAACAUUCUACCAAGCCAAAUAUUCUGUUUUGUUUCAAAAGUAGAAGUUGAGUUAAUACAUAAAGGACUUCUGUAUAGGUGGA